UCUUAACACGUUUUUCUUUUUGGGUCGUCCCACGAAUCUUGACACAUUUCCAAAUAAGGUAACUUUUCUCUCCUACUUUAUUACUUUUAUUAUUUUGUCUCUCCUAUUUUAUCACUUUUAUCACAUUCUCUUUCAUACUUUAUCACUUUUAUACUUUAUUAAUUACACACUUAAAACACUAAUGUACAAUUCGUUAAUUCCUGUGGUGUCAAGAUUUGUGGGACGGAGGGAGUAGAAAAAUAGGUUUAAAUGUAUAGAUACACAGCGCUGCUUUUUCACUCACCUUUUUCUUCUUCUUCUCGUUGAUUUUUCUUCAGCAAAUCCACUUUUUAUUGUUCUGUAUAUCAUUUUUUUUUUCGAAUUUAUAUGUAUUUGAAGGUUUCAAUUUCAAUUUUAUAAGUCAUAAAGUGGAAUGUGUUUCCAAACGUUGCUUUUUUCCUGAACACCAUACCCCAAAAAAAAAAAAAAAAACGAAUACAAAUGAAGUUGGGUAUCUGUUGGAGCAAAGAUUCUACUACGUUUUAGGUUAUUGGUCUUGGUUGGAGAUGCUUUUGACAGUGAAACUCAAAUAUGUGAUUUUGUUGUUAACCAAUAACCAUACUAAAAUAACUAUUGCUCUGAUGGGUUUUGGGUAGCGAUUGGAGCUGUAUUUUUGGCUUUGGGUUUCGAUUGGAGAUGUGAUUUUCUUCCAAUCUGCUUUUCCUUUUGUUCAUCUUCUUUGAAUUUUUUUAUUCUGUUAUGUUACAAUAAUUGUAUUUUCUUACCUUUUCUGCAAUUUCUCAAUUUCUUACUGGUCUUUCUUGUUUUCCUUAUUUCCUCAGUAAUUAGAUUUGAUUGAUUCUUUGUUUUCUCUUGAUUGAAAUCUCUUUUUAUAUAUGUAAUUGAUUAACAAAUCACAUACAUAUAUACGUCUUCUUUCAAAAGAAGAUGAAGCGUAAAAGUUAUAAAAGAAAUAUAAUGAACACGUUUAUUCAAAUAUACCUACAAUUUUGCAAAUUAAAACUGACAAAAAUUUCGCGGGAAAAAGUUAUGUUAAAUUGGUGUUUUAUAUAUAAGGUGGUCUCCCGUAAAACCGAUUUUUCGAAUGAUAUUAUUUCAACGUACAAAUGAUACUUUAAUAUUUUCAAUUACACUACUUCAAUAUAUAAAUGACACUUUAAAAUGUUACAGUAUCAUUUGUAUGUUGAAAUAGUGUCAUUGUGAAACCGGUUUCACAGGAAUUUUUGUGUUUAUAUAAUAUAUAGAUUUUGAAAUAAUACCAUGUUAUCCCAAAUCGCAUCUUUUGCAGGCCUUAUUCCCUUUGAAAUUGGCCUACUUUACCAACUGGAGGUUUUAUCAUUAUCAUUAAACACCUUGAGUGGUUCAAUUCCACAUGAGCUCUUUAACAUUUCAACUCUUCGGAGACUUUCACUUGUUAAAAAUGCUCUGUCAGGGGUUCUUCCAACCCAUUUAUGCCAUGCUUUUCCCUUACUUCAACGAUUGUUUCUUGGCGGAAAUUCCUUCAGUGGAGCAAUACCCAAAUCUAUCUCUAACUGUUCUCAACUCACAAUUCUCUCACUUGGUGCAACAAAUUCAGUGGUUAUAUACCUACUCAUCUCGGCAACCUAAGGCAUCUCCAACAGCUUUCUUUGUUUAGCAACAAUCUUACCCAGGCACCAUCUUCUUCCUUCAUUACUUCAUUGACAAAUUGCAGCUUUCUAACUUAUUUGUUAAUUGCUGAUAACCCUCUAUACGGUGUCAUUCCAGCUUCCAUUGGGAACUUAUCUUCCACGCUUCAACAAUUCUCUGCCAGUAACUGCAAAUUCAAUGGCAACAUUCCUAUUGAAAUAGGCAAUUUAAGCAAUUUGAUGGUAUUGGAUUUGCAAGGCAAUGAGUUAUCUGGUAGUAUUCCACUAACUAUAAGACAUUUGCAUGAACUUCAAGGAUUAGAUCUGUCUGAUAACAUGUUGGGAGGUUCCAUUCCGCAUGCUAUAUGCGAUCUACUCAGCCUUGAUACUUUAUAUUUACACGACAAUCAAUUUUCAGGCCCAAUUCCUAAAUGUCUGGGAAAUGUCUCUUCUUUGAGAAAUAUUUUUUUGGAAUCUAACAUGUUGAAUUCAAGCUUACCGUCAAGUUUAUGGGGCCUAAAAGAUUUGAUCAAACUAGACCUGUCCUCGAAUUCAUUGAAUGGGUUCUUACCUCAAGAGAUAAGUAACUUAGGAGCAGCAAUAUAUAUAAACCUAUCGAUGAAUCAGUUGUCAGGGUCUGUUCCAAGCACUAUUGGGAAGUUGCAGAAUUUGGUUAAUUUGUCUUUGUCAAAUAAUAGACUAGAAGGUUCUAUUCCUGUGUCAGUGAAAAGCAUGGUCAAUUUGGUGACUCUUGACUUGUCCUACAAUAACCUCUCUGGUUCAAUUCCAAAGUCUAUAGAAGCACUUCAACACCUCGACUACUUUAAUGUUUCUUUCAACAAUUUAAGUGGAGAAAUUCCUAAUGGUGGUUCUUUUAGAAACUUCACUAUGGAUUCUUUUAAGGGUAAUGAGGCAUUGUGUGGAAUCCCCAAGUUCCAUGUUCCGAUUUGUCCUGUAGUUUCUAAUCACAUAUCAAAGAGAAAGAAGGUGGAAAGAGCUUUGUUUAUUGUUUUAGGGGUUGUUUCUAUUAGCUCAGUUGUUUCUGUGGCCUUCAUAGCUGUCAGAUACAAAAGGAAAGCUAAGACAACUAGAGAAGUUGAUGAGUUGAUAUCCAUUGUGCCAGAAAGAAUAUCUUAUUAUGAACUGUUGUUGGCAACUGAACAAUUCAGUGAAAGCAAUUUACUUGGCACUGGGAGUUCUUGCUCGGUUUUUAAAGGAGUUUUAAAGAAUGGGAAGGAUAUCGCUAUCAAGGUGUUUAAUAUGCAGUUAGAAGGUAUUUCAAGAAGAUUUGAUGUCGAAUGUGAGAUACUGCGUAGCAUUCGACACAGAAAUCUGACCAGUGUCAUAAGCAGUUGCUCCAAUGAAGAGUUCAAGGCAUUAGUGCUUGAAUAUGUGCCAAAGGGAAACCUUGAAAAAUGGUUAUAUUCUCACAACUAUUGCUUGAAUUUGAUGGAAAGAUUGAAUAUAAUGAUUGAUGUUGCAUCUGCUGUGGAGUACCUUCACCAUGGUUAUUCAACACCCAUUGUCCACAGCGACUUGAAGCCUAGUAAUGUGUUGUUAGAUGAAGACAUGGUUGCCCAUGUAAGUGAUUUUGGAAUAGCAAAGUUGUUAUGCGAUGGAGAUAGCUUUGUGUUAACCAACACGCUAGCAACAUUGGGUUACAUAGCUCCAGAGUAUGGUUUGGAAGGGCUAAUUUCGACAAGAUGUGAUGUGUAUAGCUACGGAGUGUUGUUGAUUGAAACUUUUACGAGAAAAAGUCCUAGUGAUGAUAUGUUUUGCGGAGAUUUGAGCUUAAAGAGUUGGGUAGAACUCUCACUUCCAGAGAUGCCAAACGAAGUGAUAGAUGUCAACUUGGUAAUGAAUUUGGAGGAAGAACAAAUUGACAAGAAUAUGCAGUGUGUAUCAUCCAUACUUGAACUAGCUUUGAAAUUAAUGCUCAGCGGAUUCUCCCGGGGAUAGAAUCAACAUGAAACAAGCACAUGCAGAGUUGCAGAAAAUCAAACAUUGGUUUUCCAAAUGAGAUUCAAUAAAGUGAAGAAGCAUGAAUAUGGAGCAGGAAGCAGUAAAGGAGUUGGAAAAUUAUGGUGGCAGUGUUUUAAGUUUGGGUAGUCUCUCGUUUUCUCUUUACUUUUCUUUUAGCUGAUUUACUUUUCUAAACAAGGCUUUGUCACGUCAGUAGCAUGUUAAUCGAAUACCGUAGCUUUGUUGUAUUUUAACUUGUCUUUUUCAUUAACUAGCAGUAAGAACGUGCGAUGCA